UUCUCCCUUGCAAGAACACAGCCUCCUGUUGGUCUCCUGCCGUGGCUGCUGCUCUGGCUAGCUUUUUACCCUCCUCUGCCUCUUUCCUCUCCUUUCUGCUUAGCGCCUUGCCUUCUGCAGAUACUACCCUCAGUAUGGAGGCCAAUCACUCGGGACAGACCCCAGGGGAUCCCCAGUCAACACCUUCAGACAACAGUUCCCCCUUACCCAGCCAGAGUGGCCAGGAAAAGCCAGGUGAGCAGGCUCCGUCCACACCGCCCCCGCCCCCAGAGGAAGGAUUGAGUGCCCAGCCCAGCAAGGGAGCGGAGGACCUCUCUGAAGAGCUGAAUCGCCAACUGGAGGACAUCAUCAACACGUAUGGGUCUGCUGCCAGCCCCAGUGGGCAAGAGGGUCCCCUCAAGGCCCAAGACCAACCCGAGACUGCAGAUGCAGCUGACAAUGAGGACGGGGACUGUGAGGAGGCCCCUGAGGAGACAGAGAAAGAACCCACGGCUUCUGGAGACGCACUCACGGCCAAAGACCCUGUUGGCUCAAAAGAACAAAAGCUAGAAAAGAAAAUGCUGAAAGGAUUAGGAAAAGAAGCCAACCUGCUUAUGCAAAGUCUAAACAAGUUGCCAAACUCUGAAGAAAAGCUUGAUUUCUUACUCAAGAAGUAUGCUGAAUUGCUGGAUGAACAUCGUACCGAGCAAAAGAAGUUGAAGCUUCUCCAAAAGAAACAGGUACAUAUCCAAAAAGAGAAGGACCAGUUACAAAGUGAACACAGCAGAGCCAUCCUGGCCCGAAGCAAACUGGAGAGUCUGUGCCGAGAGCUGCAGCGACACAACAAGACACUGAAGGAGGAAACCCUUCAGCGAGCUCGAGAGGAAGAAGAGAAAAGAAAGGAUAUCACAAAUCAUUUCCAGAGUACGCUGACUGACAUCCAGGCUCAGAUCGAGCAGCAGAGUGAGCGGAACAUGAGGCUGUGUCAGGAGAACACAGAGCUCGCCGAGAAACUCAAGAGCAUCAUUGAUCAGUACGAGCUUAGGGAGGAGCAUCUGGACAAAAUAUUUAAGCACAGAGAACUGCAGCAGAAGCUGGUAGACGCCAAACUAGAGCAGGCACAAGAACUGAUGAAAGAAUCAGAGGAGCGACACGCCCGCGAAAAGGAAUAUCUGAUGAACCAGGCGGCAGAAUGGAAGCUCCAGGCCCAGGUGCUGAAGGAACAGGAGACAGUCCUGCAGACUCAGCUUACUCUUUACUCUGGAAGGUUUGAAGAAUUCCAGAACACGCUGACAAAAAGCAAUGAGGUGUUUGCCACUUUCAAACAGGAAAUGGAUAAAACAACAAAGAAAAUGAAGAAGCUGGAAAAGGACACGGCCACCUGGAAAGCCCGCUUUGAGAACUGUAACAAAGCUCUCCUGGAUAUGAUUGAAGAGAAAGCCCUGAGAGCUAAAGAAUACGAGUGCUUCGUGAUGAAAAUCGGGAGGCUAGAGAAUCUCUGCCGAGCUUUGCAGCAAGAGAGAAAUGAACUCUACCAAAAAAUCAGAGAAGCAAAGAUGCCUGAGAAGGAUGACCAAAGCCAGCACCUCUCCGACGAUGAAGAGCCGGAGUCAACCGUGUCACCGGGGGCAGAGAUCGGUGCAGAGGAAGCUGUUGAUGUUCACAACGCUGUGAAAAAUUUGGCCUCCGCCUUCCUGAUAAUGCAUUGUCCAGCGUCCACCCUCGACCAGUCCAAAGAACUUCAACCAGAACUGGGGAGUCCUCAAGGGGGCGGAGACAUCGCCCUCGAAGAACAGCCCCCCCUGAUGCCAUCCUGCCGUUCAGAAAACCCCCAGUCUACCCCAACUGCUGCAGUUUCGGCCUCAGUUGGCAACAAAGCAGAACCUCCCCCCAAAGUCCCUAAUUCUCCUGGGGCGUUGCCAGCGGAGGCCCAAGGUGAGGGUCUUCCUGCUGGACCACAUGCCUAUCCCCAGCCCCCAGUGCCAGAGGCUGUAGCUUCCACUUGCGGUCACGCCCCAACAGAGGCGUCCACACUGGACGUGGAGGCAAAUGUUCCUGCUCCAGUACCACCAGGGGCUGAGCAAGCUCCUGCCGGGGUGCCAGGGUGUGAGCCCAGUACGCAGCCCCCCUCCAUGGCAGUGGCAAAAGGGGUGCCAGCAGGGUCUCCCGCAGGGCCCCAACCACCCCAAGGGGCAGAUACCAAUCUGGAAGGAGUAGACUAAACGCCACGGCUGUGCUUCCUGGCUCUGCUUGGUCGGAAUUAACAAAUUGUCUUCUGAAGAGGUGUUUAGAGCUAGACUUGUUUAAUCCAAGAGAAUUAGGGUCUCACAACGUUUUUUGAAUGUUAUGCAGAGCACAUUCAGCCUGUGCUCUUUGUUCUCCAUUUAUAACCGGUUUGGCGCUUUUCUACUUAACACUGGUUGAUAACGUCAUUUUUUUCAAGCGGCAACAAAACACAAAUAGCAAAUUUAUAUUAACUUGCCAUUAAGACAGUACCUAAUUAAUUUUCUUAAGGAACAGAAAGAUAAGGUGUUUGAAGAUGUCCAGUUAAUAUAUCAGUACUGCGAAUGUGCUGAUUUAUUUAUUUUUAUGUGUAGUUUAAAUAAGUUAUAGAAUAAGUAAUAGAUAUCCAGGCUCCAUUCAAACUCUAUAUGCACAAGCAAUACAUGCAUAUGCAUGGCUGUGUGCAUAUUGGCUCAUCAAUGGCUUAGUUUUCUGCACUUUUCGUUAACUCUUUACAACCACAUUCUGAAAAUAACACACACAAUAUAUUUGAAAGAUCAUAUCCAUUUUACCUUGAUCAUAGUAUAUUGUUAUAAUUCCUUAUUCACUAUAAAUCUCUUGCUGUGCCCAACUUAUAAAUUAAAACUUUAUCAUAAAAAAUGUAUUGAAAAAUUAUAGUAUAGAAAGGAUUCAAUAUAAUCUAUAGUUUUAGGGAUCCUCUGGAGGUCUUGGAAUGUACCCCCCCAUACACACACAGAUAA